GCCGCUCACGACGUCGCUGGGUGAAAAUUGAGCAGAAAACUUGAGAACUUCAAAAUUGCCAAAAUAUGAAACUCCAGUGAACGUGAAUUUUUUUAGUGAAGUGUUAAAUAGAAUUAAAAAAAGAAAAACACAAGAGAAAUCCACGAAAAAGAAAGAAAAAUCCAACAAAACGCCUCUUUGGGCUGGCUAUGAAAGACUCGAUGAGCAUACUCACCCAAACGCCCAGCGAGCCGAACGCAGUGCAUCAUCCGCAGCUGCACCACCACCACCACCACCACCACUCACACACGCUGCCGCAACAUUACGGCCUGCAGCCACCGGCGGUGGUCAGCAUUAGUGGUAUAACAGCCAACAUGUCCUCCGGCGGCAGCACCACCACGGCAUCGGGCCUGAAGCCCAAUCGAUCCCGCUUCAUGAUCAACGACAUUCUGGCGGGCAGUGCAGCGGCCGCUUUCUACAAGCAGCAGCAACAGCAGCACCACCAGCAGCAGCAACUGCACCACCACAGCAACAAUAACAACAAUUCGGGAUCCAGUGGUGGCAGCAGUCCCGCUCACAGCAACAACAAUAAUAACAUCAAUAAUGGCGAAAACUUUGAGCCACCAACGACUGCUCUGCCACCUGCCCACCUACACCACCCACAGCCGCAUCCGCAUGCGCAUCCGCAAGGCCAUCCCCAUCCCCACCCACAUCCGCAUCCGCAUUCGCAUCCGCUGAUGCAUCCGCAUGGCAAGCUGGGCCAUUUUCCGCCCACCGCUGGCGGCAAUGGGUUAAACGUGGCCCAAUAUGCGGCGGCCAUGCAGCAACACUAUGCGGCUGCUGCGGCCGCCGCUGCAGCGCGAAAUAAUGCAGCAGCCGCCGCUGCAGCUGCUGCUGCCGCGGCCGCUGCUGCAGUGGCACCGCUGCCCGGCGUGGGUGCCGGUGGUGGUGUGGCAGUGGCGCCACCGGCGGGCGGACUGGGACAGGAUUUGGACGACAGCAGCGACUACCACGAGGAGAACGAGGACUGCGACAGCGACGAGGCGGGCAGCGCGGGAGGCGGCGGGGGAGGCAGCGGCCACAUGGACGAUCACAGCGUUUGUAGCAAUGGCGGCAAGGACGACGAUGGGAAUAGUGUCAAGAGCGGUUCUACCAGCGACAUAAGCGGCCUGAGCAAGAAGCAGCGGAAGGCGCGUACCGCUUUCACGGACCACCAGCUGCAGACCUUGGAGAAGUCCUUCGAGCGGCAGAAGUACCUCAGCGUCCAGGAGCGACAGGAGCUGGCCCACAAGCUGGACUUGAGCGACUGCCAGGUGAAAACUUGGUACCAAAACCGCAGAACCAAAUGGAAGCGCCAAACGGCCGUCGGUCUGGAACUUCUGGCGGAGGCCGGCAACUUUGCGGCCUUCCAGCGGCUCUACGGCGGAUCGCCGUACUUGGGCGCCUGGCCGUAUGCGGCCGCCGCUGGAGCGGGCGCCGCUGCCGCCGCCGCCCACGGGGCCACGCCCCACACGAGCAUCGACAUCUAUUACCGCCAAGCGGCCGCCGCCGCCGCCAUGCAGAAGCCGUUGCCCUACAAUCUCUACGCCGGUGUACCGUCCGUGGGCGUGGGCGUUGGAGUAGGCGUGGGUCCGGCGCCCUUCUCCCAUCUGUCCGCCUCUAGUUCGCUGUCCUCGCUGAGCAGUUACUAUCAGAGUGCCGCUGCCGCCGCCGCCGCAGCAAAUCCAGUGCCGCCAGCGCCGACUUCAGCGGGCGGAGGAUCGCCACCGAGCGGUCUGGCCAAGCCCCACUCCGCCCCCGCCUCCGCCUCGCCACCACCAAGGCCGCCGUCGACGCCCAGUCCGACGCUCAAUCCGGGCAGUCCGCCCGGGCGGUCCGUCGACAGCUGUUCGCAGUCGGACGACGAGGACCAGAUACAGGUGUGAGCGAUAGAGCGGUGGAGCGGUGCGAAGGAGGGGGUGUACGUGUGUCUAUCAUUGGGCUUAUGCGGUCUCAAAAGCGUGAUUUUCAAAGGGAUAUUAUAUUAUAUUUUUUUUUUUUUUGUAACUUUUUUCAAAAAAAAUAGUCAGAUGAUUUUGAUUUUAAACAUUCAUCCACAUAUCAUAUUUUGUACGAUCAAGUGUUUUUAAUUAUUUUAAAAUAGUAAUUACGUUACUACAACAAAAUAACAGGGAUUAAAUGAUUUUUUAUUUUAACCUGCAUUUAAGUAAAAUUAAAUUGAUCGCAAUUUGCAUUUAUUAAAAAUCAUAUCAUCAUCCUUAUUAUGGUUCAAACUUAAGUACAAAAAAUAUUUUAUUUAAAUUAAAUUUAAAUAUAUUUCGAAACAUAAAGGAACUUUAGACCUAAAAGCAACACAAAACUUGUAACAGUUGUAAUAUGUUAGGUCAUAAAAAGUAGCACAAAAAUGUUCAGUAUUUAAAACGAAACCCUUAAAAAGUCAAUGAAAACAGUAAUAGAAUUCCCAAGAAUUCGCGUUUUUGAGCUUGCGCAUAAGCCCCGCUUGUCUAUGUGUGCCUGCGUGUGUAUAUAAUCAUAUCUCUGUGUAUCUCGGUGUGUGCGUGUGCUUGCUUAAUUUAUUUGAUUUGCUUUAGUAACUUAUUCAAAAUGUUUUUACAAGUCUUUUUUUUUUAAUAUACGAUGAUAAUGGAAUAUAAUUAAACAUAUAUUUAUUUAAAUGUUGUAAAAACUAGCAGCCAAAAAAGCAAAAGAAUUUUGUAUAGUUAAGCCUAACCACGAAAUGUAUUAUCGAAUAAAAGGGAUUUUUUUUUUUAGCCUAGAUCUAUAAACGUUGUAACUGUAAAAUGUAAAGUAUA